AAUUAUUUGUGUGCUGUAUCACAAAGGUGCACAAGUUGCCACUCCUAUUCCUUGCAACGGCAAUGAGCUCGCCCUCGCCUCCCAACGCACCAACUCACCUGCAGGCACGGAGAAUGCCUCUUUAGAAGAGAAGCAGUCAUGCGGCUGAAGCGGCAGUUUCUAUGAACAACCAAGCUGCCAUGUAUCUGGUAGCGCCUUCAGCAGAUGCAGCGGAGGUUCUAACCUCGCAUUCAGCUUCCAGAGUAACCUUGCCUCUGACCUCUCGCGUGAUCUUUUUCUCUGGAAUAGGGACUGCAGCAGUGGCUUCGGCCGGAUUAUUACCCGCAACUCGACUUACUGGUCUCUGCUGGGGUGGUUUUGAUACUGGGCACGGCUAUUCGGUCGGCGGCUAAGUACG